AUGAACGUCGCCAGCAAGUCAGAGAACGUCCUAGAGUUAUCGACUGAUGAGAAAGAAAUGAUUGAAGAGCAGUGGAAUCGGAUUAUUCCGCAAAUACGAUCGAGGGCCGAAGAUAUCCUGGGAACCACUCAGCUAGGACACCGGUUUGUCGAUUGACA